AUAUAAACUGUAACUUGAAGUGGUUUUCAUGAACCCUGAAUCGUAUUAAUUUAGAAAACCUAGGCAUAUACCCCACACCAAUCCUUCAAUAACGUUAUUUUACAACAUGACUGAAACACCACACCUCAGCAUAAAGUUUACCCAACUAGAAAAAGCAAAGCUAAUACCACAAACUUCAGCCCCAAAGAUACAAAGGGUAGCACAUUAUCUCCGAGAUCGAAAACAUUUUGCCAAGCAUUACUCACCCAGGUUGGUGUCAAUUGGUCCAAUCCAUCAUGGUGCAAAGAACCUACUGCUGGGAGAAAAAUACAAGCUUAUGUGGACAGCAAGGUAUCUCGAACGCACCAACCAGGAUGCUCAAACUCUGUACCAAAAGAUUGCAUCAAAUAUCAAACAACUGAAGGAACUGUUUGCUGAGGAUGUCAUUGCAGACUUCCCUGAUGAUGAAAAGCUGUCAUGGAUGCUACUUGUGGAUGGAUGUUCUCUGCUACAAAUCUUGGAAAAGGGAAAACUUGACUAUCCAGAAGAAAUGAAUGUUAAGGUUGACCAACUAGUUCUUGUGUGGCAAGAUGUGCUUUUGUUAGAGAACCAGCUUCCCUAUCAAGUGCUUAAACUGUUGACUGGCCCCGAGAAUGAAGCCAUGCUAUUAAACAUCAUGAAGGAGUUUCUUAAGUGUCAUCAUUUGUCACCAGUUAGACCAAAUCACAGAGCAAAGACACAAGACAUGGACAAGGAUAUAACCAAGCAAGAAGACAGAGCAUUCACUGAAGAAGGGUGCACAAGUGUGUGUACAAAGAAUGAAAGCACCCUGCAAGGAGAACAUAGAGUGGAAAUACCUCAGGAACCACCUAUUCAUCUUCUCGAUCAGCUUCGCAGAACUGUUAUUCAUGACCCUCAGAAGAACCACCAAGAUCACCGAAAGAAGGACACAACAAGCAAGAAAAAGAAAUGCAAGCAGAACAAAAAAAAUGAAGAUUCCGACAUUAUAACAUACAGGAACAUAAAGGAGUUGAGAGCAGCAGGGAUUAGCCUGAAGAAAAGCAACUCACGCAGGAUCAAAGACACCUCUUUCUCUUGUGGCUGGUUGUAUGCAGAACUGAAGCUUCCUGAGAUCACAGUUGAUGACACAACAGCCCCCUCAUUUCUCAACUUGAUAGCGUACGAGAUGUGUCCAGAUUUUACGAACAACUAUGAGAUAUGUUCUUUCGUAGCCUUCAUAGACUCGCUUAUUGACAACCCAGAUGAUGUGAAGGAGCUGCGAAAAGCAGGGAUUCUUCUCAACAUGCUUGGGAGUGACGAGGAAGUGGCUAAUCUCUUCAAUACAAUAAGUGCUGAUUUGGUGCCCAACAUGGAGGGUUAUUCACAUGUUAGACCCCAAAUUGAGAGGCAUUAUAGGAACAAAUGCAAGACGUGGAUAGCUCUUGGUUCUCAUACCUAUUUUAGUAACCCUUGGGCAAUCAUUGCUUUCCAUGCUGCUGUUUUAGCUAUUGUUCUAACUUUCAUCCAAACUUGGUAUGCUAUUCACCCUGCUCAUGCUGGCUAAUUCACUCACAAUAAUAGGAGUAAAUUAAGAUAAGUUAUUUAAGUCUUUAAACGAAGAGGCUCUAUAACUACAGGAAAUGCAUGUUUCUGUAUGAUUCAGUGUGGGUAUUGCAACUAAUAAAUCUUGUGACUGUCUGGGUGCGAUUGGAAUUUGUGACUGAGUUUCACUUUCUCUACAAGAGAGUGUAGAAUGUUAAAGGUUGUUUUUGGGUGAUUUAAAUUGUAUACCUUUCUUGGCCAAUAUGUAAGUUGUGUAAUCUAGGAUGCAGGUUGGUUCCUUCUAGAAAAGAAGAUUUGGUUUGUAUAUUUGAAACAGAUAUUCAGAUUUCAAAUUAAUUUAAGGUAUAUCAAUUAUGCUUCA